AAGUUUGACGUUUUAAAAUCGGCCGGUUAUCAUAGAAAAUUCUGACAGUUCGGAACCACCACAACUCUUUAAGAAUAAUGUCGUUUUUAUUACAUUUUUUGAUAAAUUAUUCUAGUUUCGAUCCAGCGGCGUUACGACCUUAUCGAUUUUCGUAUUUAGCGCAACAUUUAUUGUACUUUUUCGAAAGGUCUAUCGGGUAUCUAGCUUUCGAAAAUAGUUGUAUUACCUCGACUGGCUCAGACGUUGGUUUAGUAAAUUGCUAAUUUUGGUUUAUUAGUGACGAAUACAGUGUUAGAAUAUGGGUUAGCGAGUGAAGAAACAAUGUGACAGUGAUUUUAAUAGUGUUUAAUGUUGUUUUUUACUAUUUUGUGUAACACAUUCCUGUUGUGAAAGUUUAUGUUUUCUGUUUUUGUGUGCACGGAUGCCGAUUCUAUCGUCGAUGCAUCGCGAUUGGACUGACAUUCAUAAAUAACUUAUCCACCGAACCACAUUCCAAGAAGCAAGAUGACGCCGCAACAAUACUGCUUGAGGUGGAAACACCACCACUCCAAUGUCCAGAGCAUGUUCGCGCAAUUGCUUGAAAAAGAGAGAUUCUGCGAUGUAACACUGUACUGCUCGCCUAACUUCGCUACACAACUGUCAAAAGAUAUGGAGAAGAGUCUACGAGGGGUGUCUCUCAGGGCUCACAGGGUGGUACUGGCUGCCUGCUCGGAGCUGCUUGGCACGUUACUAGGAGCGCAUGAGGCACAAGGAGAACCAGUUUUGGUGAUAGAUGGCGCUGAGCCGCAGCACGUGAGGGCCUUAUUGGACUAUAUGUAUACUGGAGAGAUGAAUGUCCAUCAUUCCCAACUCGCUGGUCUCCUAAAAACAGCUGAAGAGUUACGAAUCAAGGGCUUAACUGAUAUUCGAUGGAACAAUAAGGAUGAACCACCCGAUUGCACAUCAGGCGCCGUAACAACGACGCAGAUGAAGCAACAAUCUCCCGAAGUGUAUAAAGUACCUGGCAUCACCCCUGACAUAUUUCCUGACAAGAAUGACAAAAUACGCGACAGACACACACCCGACAAAAUUGACAAGACCACGAUUGACAGAAAGUCUCCUAUCAGGAAUAAUGAUGAAGAGAAAUGUUACAAGAAUGAUUUGGAUGAUGUAGAAGUGGCGAAAGAGAAAUUCACUUUAAAUGGAGGCCCGCCGCCAUUGAUUAAAUUACCUGUCAAGGAAAAAUGCAGCCCAUUAAAGAGAGAACAAUCAGAUACAGAGAGCCAAAGUCCGAAACGUCAAAGGCGCAUAAGCGGUAACGAACACAUGGAUGACGAAUCGUUAAAUAAUAUUAAAACAGAAAAGGAUCAUGCCUGGCAACACGGCAAUUUGAAUAUCUCAGUCGAGAGAAUAGUUGGUUGGUGCGCAACGGACGCGGAAACCGGCAACUGGUCGCGCGACGGGUCGGACGACGAGUGGGGCGAUGCGCCCACGGACAUCGGGUCUUUCUUGCACACCAAACUGCGUGUGGACGGCGACAAUAGUGCAGAUGAAGAGUCCGAUGAUAGCGCGUCUGCGAUGCCUGAAGCUCCAGCCCACGCAUCUUCGUCAUCAUCAACCACCAGUACUUCACACCUUGACGUGCCUAAACUUUCCAAGAGCGGUGUCGAUCCGCGAUUCUCGGAUGUCGUGAAGUUGAACGAUUAUUUGAGGCACGGAAGAAGACCGCAGUUCUGGGAAGAGAGUUAUGUCAAACGGGUUAUGGACGCAGUACGCAUGAAAGAACUAGAGAUGAAGCAAGCCGCUGAAAUCCUGGGCGUGAGCUAUGGCACCUUGUAUGGGAGGUAUCGGGAUGUGUAUGGUUGCAUUAAUCGACCUUAUAGAACGGCCCGUGACUUUUGGCAAGCGAAAGGACCUUCGGAAGUCUUGGAUCGGCUUCAGAGGGGGGAGCUGAACGUGGAGGCCGCAGCUUUGGCCCUUGGAGUGAACCCUACGAAGCUUGCAGCCUACGUUGCUGAACCAGAAGUUGCAGGAUACACAUUGCCAGCAUAUAUGCCAGAUAUAACCAAGUUGUCUGAAGGGAAGAAAGAAGACCCGAACGCGGACAUCGAAUUGGCGUUCGAUCAGACUCUUCGUCCACGAUCUUAUAGUAGAAAAGAUGCAGUUAUUACAAAACAGAUAAAGAAACCUCCAGGGAAUAUGGAAGAGGAUUUAUCAGCCAGCUCUUUUGAAACACCAUUUACACCACAACCUAAUCAAAGCAACGCGUGGCCAUCAAUUCGCGUAGCGAGCAUAGAGUCGCUUCGAGGUGGCGAAAACACUCCCUCUCCCUCACAGCUCAUGAAAACACGACCGGAUCUGACAAUAAUAGCCGCGAAACGCGACAAGGAUGAAACGUGAUAAUACUCUGCGGUUAAUUUCCAUAUGUUUAGGCCUGUCUAUCCGUUUAUAGCCGCCUUAAAAACUAAGGUCAAAGGCCCUUGCCCGUAUUGGGAUGUUCAAAACUACUUUUAUUGUGUGAUCUUUUCCAAGAUUUGAGAGCUAUUAGAGAGAUUACUCGUUUACAGUGCCACAUACUUUUCUUGGCCGGUAAGAGCGUCGCUGUCAUUGAUAUUAGUAUUGCCAGUUAAUAAAAAAAAGAGUGUGUGUACUUAUGUACACGCGUUAGAAGUUAUACUUCUUUGGCGUGUGGAAAAAAAAUAACUAAAAUGCAGUAGUGA